CUCCUUCCAGAGCCCGCGGACUUACGGCGCCUCCGCUGCCUUCCUGUGCCAACGACCCCCCAAAAGUUGUGAUGCUUUUCUUUACCCAGUGCUUUGGAGCUGUGUUAGACCUCAUUCACCUCCGCUUUCAGCACUACAGGGCUAAACGGGUCUUCUCCGCCGCUGGCCAACUUGUCUGCGUCGUAAACCCCACCCACAACCUAAAGUAUGUGUCCAACUGUCGCACGGUCACUCAAAGCGCACCCGAGCAAGACAGCUGCCUCCAUCACCACCUCGCCCACCACCGCCAGCACCACCGCUCCCACCGCCACCUUCGCCACCACGCCCACCCUCGGCUCCUCCACCACCAGGAGGCAGAGCUGCCUGCCCCUCAGGUGACCCCCUGCCUAUGCCCCCUGUUCUCCUGUCAGUGGGAAGGCCACCUGGAGGUGGUGCUGUCCCACCUGCGGCAGAUGCACAGGGUCGACAUCCUCCAGGGAGCGGAGAUGGUCUUCCUGGCCACGGACAUGCACCUCCCUGCCCCGGCUGACUGGAUCAUCAUGCACUCCUGCCUCGGCCACCACUUUCUGCUGGUGCUUAGGAAGCAGGAGAGGCAUGAAGGGCACCCCCAGUUCUUUGCCACCAUGAUGCUGAUUGGGACCCCCACCCAGGCCGACUGCUUCACCUACCGCCUGGAGCUCAACAGAAACCAUCGGCGUCUCAAAUGGGAGGCCACCCCCCGGUCCGUCCUCGAGUGUGUGGACUCCGUGAUCACUGAUGGGGACUGCCUCGUCCUCAACACCUCGCUGGCCCAGCUCUUCUCCGACAACGGCAACCUUGCCAUCGGCAUCGCUGUCACCGCCACGCAGGUCUGCCCCUCAGAGGUCGACCUGUGA